UGUAAUGCCUCGUUUUGUACGUUGAGUUGCUUUAUACAUCAAAAAAGAUGCUGAUUUUCUGGUUGCUCCGAUAUUGUUGCAGUCUUUCUUGACAAUCCCUUUCAUGUCACAAAUUUCAUACGUUGGACUAAAUGGAGUCCUUUAUUCAAACUACAUAGACGGAGAUCAAGUUCUUGCAGUAUACUCCAACUCUUCGUUUUCCUCGAAUUCGAGCAGAGUGCAAGUGAUGGAGGAUGUUUUGUACAAGAAGAAAGUGGAUCGAGACGGCUGGGGCGGAGGUCGUAAUUCUCUGAUUCAAAACAGUGCCGGGGUUCAUGGAAGACAGGUCGUGUCUCUAGGCUGUCCGGUCAAGGCAUUGACUGAUUUCCUGGCGGUUAUGGAUCUUUAUGGAGGGAGAUUGUACUUGGCUACAAAGGAUGGCGAAAUGCUGAUGGAGGGGAUUCCAGAUGUUCACAUGAUCGUAGCUAAUGGUUCGAUUUCCUCCCAAGUAGAGAAGCCGAGUGAUCAAGCAAUAGCUCACUUCGGAAAUUUUCAUGGGAUACCGGGAAUGCCUCGGAAUUCAAUGUUGUUUUGGCCAUCGGAGAAACAAAGGUUAUUGAAUUCAAUUCUGGAUAUGAGCAAGAUUGGAGCUCGGAAAAUGCAAUUGGAGGAGGAAGAAUUCAAUGUGGCAGAGAUGCUAGAACGAGGAGCUGAUUCUUUCCAUCUUGUGGGCAUGAAGAAGGGUGUGGAUGGGGGGCAAGUAUCGCUGCGAGCUUGGGUCCAGAAACCUAGCCUGCAAAGUGCAAUUCUUGCUUCCAAUCAGAGUGGCUUCAACAAAAGCUUGUUCAGGUUCUUUUCCAAGAAGGAAACCUGUGAUGACAUAAAGGCCAUUGACGCGGUCAGAUGUAAUCCAAACUCCAUGGAAUUUGUUUUCGAGGUGGAAGAUACAGGGAAAGGAAUUCCAAAUGAGAAGCAAGUGUCUUUCUUUGAAAGCUUUGUUCAGGUUAAAGAUACAGCAACUAGAAGGUUCAAUGUCUUCCUUGAAACCGCCACUGUUGGAAAUAUUAAAGGGGAAAAUGAGCCUGGAGAGAAUCUUACAGUUACCAAUGGUGCUCAACAUUCAGGGCUAACAAUCCAGAUCCCGAAUCCCAGUUUGAACAACCGAACUCCUAGUCCCAGGCUGGGCAUUCUCAGCUCAAGUCCCAAGCUUGAAGGAUCUCAAGUUGUUCUCUUGAUUCAGAACAAUGGGCGCAGAGGAACUUUUCAGAAAUACAGGGAGAGUCUGGGGAUAAAUGUGUCGGUUGUAGAAAGAUGGGAGCAGCUUUUCUCUGUGCUCGAGAAAAUCAAAUCUAAACGGAAGUAUUCCACCAGCAAUUCUAUAGGGAAAUUGGGUUUGUGUUCAAGAAGCGACAAUGCAAAUUGUAAGGACUUGCCUCUGAGCACCACGGAUGGAACAGAGCAGAAACAUCAAUCGUGCAGAAAGAAAGCUUCAACGGGGUUCAUACUCCUGGUGAUUGAUGCUGGUGCAGGACCAUUUGAUAGAAACUCCAUGAGAUUAUGUCUGAAUUCUGAGAAGACCUUCAGAAUACUUGUGAGGCAGUUUGGUUGGACAACUCAACUUCCCAGACAAUCAAUUCUAAAGAGGAAAUAUCCGAGACGGAAGAUGAUUUACGGGCAGACUGAAAUGCAAGAAAUUCAUGUUGAUUCAAGUAAGAAGAAACUAUGGAGUGGGAAGAGAAUCUUGGUGGCUGAGGAUGUCCUAAUAUUGGGCAAGGUCACAAUGAAGAAACUUGAGCAGGAUAGUGCUAUAGUUGAGGUAUGCAAAAAUGGGGAGGAAGCUCUAAACCUUGUUCGGAACGAUUUGAGAGAUCAAAGAGAAAAGGGAGCGUCUUAUGUUCUUCCCUAUGACUAUAUAUUAAUGGACUGUGAGAUGCCAGUGAUGGACGGACUUGACGCAACAAGACGUAAAGGGAAGAGGAGAAGGUCUACGGGGUACACCUUCCAAUUUUCGCACUAACCAGUAAUACAGUGGGGGAGGAAACAAACAGGGCAAUUAGAGCCGGAAUGGAUUUUUGUCUCCAGGGAAAACCGCUGGAAGACAAAGCCCCUAAUAGAAGCCAUCACAAAAACCCAUGAGUAAACAUUGUUUAAGCAU